UCGUAUGAAAGGAAGUUCAAUGAUCCCACUAUCGAGCUUCUCUUUGAUGAAAUGCCGAUCGAUCUCCACGUGUUUGGUCCUGUCGUGUUGUACGGGAUUUUCAGAUAUACUAAUCGCAGCUUUAUUGUCACAGAAGAGCCGACUUCCCCUUCUUGGAGGAAAGCCAAUCUCUGUGAGCAAUCUCCGAAGCCACAGGAUUUCAGUUAUCCCACUUUUUACUCCUCUGAAUUCUGCCUCUGCACUUGAUAGGGCCACUACUUUCUGUUUUUUGCUUCUCCAUGUGACCAAAUUUCCUCCAACGAAGAUACCGGACAAUUCUCAAAGCUGCCUCCAUAUGCUCCUUCUGGGGUUUGUGCAUAAACUGACUUACUAUUCCAACUGCAUAUGUGAUGUCGGGCCGUGUAUGGGAGAGAUAGAUGAGUUUCCCAACAAGGCGCUGGUUUACACUCGAGUAGCCCAGUUUCUGCAAGUAAGUCAAGGACAUACUUUCUUUGUCUCAGGAAGAUUCCCUUUUUCGACCUUAAAAUCUCAAUUCCAAGGAAGUACUUCAGAGAUCCAAGGUCUUUCAUUUCAAAUUCCAGGAACAAGUUUUUCUUCAGGUUUACUAUCUCUUCAACAUCGUCUCCUGUGA